AUGUUUGGUGGUGUUUCAAUGAUGAGCAAUGGUGGAGAUUGUUUAGAUCAACAAGUGCAAACACUAGUUGGAUUUGUAGCGGAGUCUCAAGUCCCUUCGUUUUGCUCCCAAGUUAACUUGCAAAAUGUUCCAAUCAAUGAAGAUAUAAGCUUGAGUGGUUGUGUAGAUUCUAAACAAAGGUUUAGCAUGGAUGAAGAUAAACUACUUAUGAAUGCAUGGUUGAAUGUUUCAAAGGACCCAAUUGUUGGGGUUGAUCAAAAGGGAUGGCUUUUGAAAAGUGAGAGCUCUGAGGAUGAUGUCAUCAAUGAUGCCUUAGCCAUUUUUAUUCGAGAUCAAGGAGAAGCAUUCAAAUAUGAGUAUGCAUGUCGUGAAGCGAGGAACCAAGCUAAAUGGCUUGCAGUGUACGGUGAAGGUUCUUCAAAAAGAACAAAGAAAUCGGCUUUAAGGGCAUACACGUCAUCAUCUCAAUCAGACAUAACAACAAAUUCAGAAAUUUGA